AUACUAAGUACAAACUCAAAACCAGACCAACACAGCAGCUGGAGCUUCAAUCUUCCGGGCUUCCGCCACGUCGAAGGCCGUCUCUCACGAAGCCCUAACUCUUUUUCAAUUUUUCUUCUUCAAUUUCUCCUCCUCUUUUACGCUACGAAUUCAAUUGGAUCUGAGCGCUUCGUUACCCUUUUCGAUUCGUUUUGUUUCUGUUUGCAUUUUCUUGUUCUUAAUCUGUCCGCAAAUUUCGUCCUUCAAUCGUUUGUUUCCAGUUUUGAGGAACUCUCUGGAACGUGAAGACAGGGUCUUUGAGGAAAUUCUCCAAGGAUUUUGAGGGAUUGGCUGGGAAUCUAGGUAGCCAAUGCUACUGAUUUCGUUUUUAGUUGAAAGAAAUUUUCGGUGAUUUUUAUUGUUAUUUCUACCGGAAAAGUGUUGGAGUUCGCCAAUGUCUUGGGCAAGCGCGGAAGAUAUCUACCUUUCAACUUCUCUUGCCAAUUACCUUGACAAGAAGGUUCUGGUACUCCUUCGAGAUGGUCGGAAGCUAUUAGGGAUACUCCGUUCAUUCGAUCAAUUUGCAAAUGCCGUCCUUGAAGGAUCCUGUGAAAGGGUGAUCGUCGGUGACCUUUACAGCGAUAUUCCUCUAGGCCUCUAUGUAAUUCGAGGGGAGAACGUUGUUUUACUUGGCGAGCUGGAUUUGGAGAAGGAGGAGCUCCCUCCACACAUGACUCAUGUCUCUGCUGUGGAGAUCAAAAGGGCCCAAAAGGCAGAGAGAGAGGCUACAGAUCUUAAAGGUACAAUUAGGAAAAGGCUUGAGUUUCUUGAUCUGGACUGAUAAUUGCUGUUUCAAAAUCUUGGAUUUGUUAGCUUAGCUUUCUUGUUUCUAUGUCAAUCUCUGCUCUGCUCUGCUCACAUGUUGGUUCUGUUAUUAGACAAUUCAGAGCCUAUUUUUGGUGUCUACAAUCUUAAACAUUGUGUUAUGAACUUCAAUUUUCUCUUGUAAUAUUUUAUUCGAUAAAUAAAAACCCUUUCCUCUUAA